GAAGCGUGUAAAAAGGGCCUAGCGAUAGAAGAGUCGGGAGAGUCCCGGAGGUGGCGACACGGCAAGGUCACACGUAGCUGAUCAGGGCUGUAUACCUCACUCCGGAAUAGAUAAGUCAUAUCACAUCCCUGUAUAAGACACGGGACGGGACCAGUAUGUCUACAGUCGAGGCGUGGGGUGAAGCGGGUCUCAAGUAUGACAUUCACGAGGAAACUCUGGAUUAUUUCCGAAUCCUGGAGGGUCGGAAGGACCGGCCAAUUAUCGAGCUGACACCCCCCGAUGCUCGGGAGGCGGGACUGAUAACAGCCAAGUUGUUCGGGGGUGAAGUUGAGUUUGACGGUCAGAUCAAAGAGUUUAGGGUUCCGUCACCUGCGGAUCAAGACAGCAUACCAGUGAGCGUCUACAGGACAACGAAAUGUCCCCCAGAAGCCCCCGUUGUCAUCUACUUUCAUGGUGGGGGCUUCGUCGUCGGAUCACGGGCAACAGUGGACAGUAUAUGCAGAUCCCUCGCCAGGGAUACUCCUUGCACGGUGGUGAGUGUGGAGUACAGACUUGCACCAGAGAACAAACUGCCGGCGUGCCUGGACGACGCCGUGUGUGUGACGCGAUGGGUGAAAAUGAACAGAGCACUGAUAGGUGCAAACAACAUCAGCGCUCUUGGCACAGCCGGGGACAGUGUAGGUGGUCACAUCGCCUCCACCGUGUGCCAUGAGGUUCCGGACGUAGACUUUCAGGUGCUGGUGUACCCGAUGGUGGACCUUGAGAAUACAUAUCCUUCCGUGGAAGAGUUCGCCAACACGCCAGGACUAAACAAGAAAACCCUGGAGUGGUUUGAGAACCACGCCCUCACAUCGCCAGCUCAGCUGUCUAACCCGCGUGUAACUCCACUGUUGAGGAAGCAGUUCUCUGGACUUCCCCCUGCCUUGGUGCUCCUCGCUGAACUAGAUCCACUGAGAGACUGCGGAUACGCUUACCGUGACCGAAUAUCUGAGGCUGGAGUGCAGACAAAGCUGGUGUUGGUAAAGGGAGCGCCACAUGCAUUCUUCAGGAUGCCAGGUCACUUCAAACUGCUUUGUGCCUCAGCAUAUGCAGCAGUGUCGGAAUUCAUCAGGAAACACGGCAGCAACAAGGACGCGCCCGCGGACGACUAGCACCACGUGACCAUGCUACGUCAUAUCCGCCCUGUAUUGGCCUAUGUCCACUCCCAGACACCCGACUGCCUUGUGCACAGAAUGUUCCAAUGUCUCAAUACUCAAGCUUUACUUGUAAUGGGCAGAUUUUUAUACUUCAUUUCAAUUGUGUUUUUGGAGUUUAUUUUAAUUGUUAUGAAAUAUUCUAAUAAAGGAUUUUGAAAAACAAAA